AUGACAUUGUCUGUCGACACCGCGAUUGGGGACACCGCCAUAUGCAUGGAGAGGUCAUGUGAUGCUCCUACACCUACUUACGCAGUCAAAACGCGGGCCAUGGUGUUGAGCGGCGGUAGUGGCUGUACGCUCUCCAGGUGUCGUCGACUUGGGCGCUCCGCCCGCCAGAGAUCGCCUUCGAAUAAACGGUUCUCGGGAAGGAUGUCAGCGGCAUCCGUGACGCCCUCAGGGGGCCCAGUUAUGGACAGGAGCGGCACUGGGUAUGUUGAUGUUUGUCGUGGUGGUGAAUGUGCUCCGAUGCUUUGCAGGUCAGGGGGAUGCGAUCACGGUGUUUCCAUUUUUGCGGCGGCCGCGACGCCGGCUGCCGCGGUACCGUUACUCGACGGUACUGUUGCAGCGGAAUGCACGAAUGGUGCCGGUGGGAUGCCAGCUGAUGGUAGUCGUUGUGUGACUCAGUUGUACGACGCGGGCGCAAGCUUGAGGAAUGAAUCUGGUCGACGGUAUCGAAACAACUAUUCUUGCCAUUACAGCAACAGUGGUGGUAGUGGUUAUUGUUGUUGCAGUGCGUCUUAUCGUGGCCAGAAGGGUCACAAGGGCGGUCAAAGCCAGGUGUUUCACAAUUCACCGCUUUUCAUGGGGAACGGUGGCAAUCUGCCUCCCAAUCGUGGUGUAAUUUCGAACUAUCACUAUCACCAUCACCCGCCCUGUGGAGCCUCGCACCAUCACCACCAAAGGUGUGCUGUGCGUUCCCAUCGUCGUCGUGGAUUCGGUGCCGCUGCUGUGGAGGCGAUUCGCAGUAGGUUUCAGGCAGGGGCUACCAUGUCGCAUCACGCACCACCACUUUCCGCUGUGAAAUGCAAUAGACAAACUAAGCAAACUGCUAGUAACGGGGAUCAAGAGCCACGGCAGGCAUUUCAGGUCCCCCUCCCAAGGUCGAAGGCGGCUGCCGGAGUAACCCAACCCUCCGCGACGUCAUGUGAUGCUGGUGUUGUGAGGCCAUCGAAGGGCGAUUUCAGAAUUGAGAUGGAUACUCCUUUUUCAGCCACAGACUCAAUGAAUGACCCUGUAAACGGUUCUUCACGGCUCUCUGGCAUUGCACCACUUUUCGACCUUGCGAUACAGCAGCUCAUCCUUGAGUGCGAUCGACGGGUUGCCAACGCUUCUGGGACGGCGUGCGCCAGUGCGCACAGUCCCUCUAACUCGUGCAAUUCUCAAAAGCAGUCUUCAGCGCAUUUCUCCGUUAACACUCAUUCCUUUGAUAUGCCAACGGCAUCCCACACGAAGACCACCUUCGCGCAAACACCGAAGGAGUCGUCGUUUGCCACGUUUGCCGUUGAGCAGGCACCUCUGGAGGGAGGCCAAUUGGAGUCUCCGCACCGGGAUGCGGAAGCUGAGGUGAUGGCUAGGGACGGUGCAUGCACGACUAAGCUCCACCGUGUUGAGCCACGGUUGGAGGAGCGGGUGACCGCCCGUCGGGAAAACCACGUGGGUAACGUUGUUGGUAGGCUGUUUAGGGAUCAAUCGGAGGAUGCCGUGGACCUCGGGAGCGACUGUUCCAAGUUGCAGUUGCUCAUCGUGUCAGUUGGGCUGACUGUGUCAUUUGGAGAGUCGGCUCCGUUGGUAUUAAUCGGCACGCUCAUCUAUUUGUUCCGUAUUGUCAAGCGGUGUGAUUCUGAGUAUUCGAGCGUAACCGCAGCGAAUUGGUACCGACUCACAGCUGUCGCCCUGCUGGUUGCUACAAAAAUGUACGUUGAUGGUUCAGGUAGCUGGAAUGAGUGUUUUUCGAAUGCCACUGAUAUACCUUUAAAAGAAUUGAACAAGCUGGAGAUCGACUUCCUUUUCUUGCUUGACUUUGACGCGCUGAUCACGGAGGAAGAGGUCGAAGCUCGUGCUGAUUGGAUGGACUCUGUUGCCAGCCGACACGAUAUGAUGACACCCCUGCGGACAUUUGUAUUGGGGAGCAGCUGUGCCCCUUCAUGCGUGGCGACUCCCUUGUCUCCUGCUGCUGACGAGGCGUUUCGGUCGGUUCCACUUGGUUCUUCCAGCAACAUGCCGUCAACCCCAUUGUCCCUUACACCAUCCAAUAUGACACCGGUGAAUUGUUUCUCAACUCCAUUUACCCAGUCAAGACCAAUCCGCAACCAGUGUGUCGGUUCUUUGGUUUCUGGUGUUGAUGCGAGUGACAAGCAGCAGCAGCAAACGCGGCCUUCAAGCAUGCGUCGUUUGUCCUCAUCACUGUGCCCCUGCGAUCGCAUGAGCCCCUUGCCACUGUCUGUGUCGAGUCUGUCUCUAACGGAGAGACUCUUUUCGGUUGUUCAUGCACCUGCCGAACCAGAAACACCCCCAAGUCUCCGUCGUUUUGCUCGCCAAGAUGAUGAACCUGUAUCUCCGUUGACACCACCCGACCAGGAGAGGAUGUCCCCAGUAUUUUUCUUCUGUAACGCGACUCGGGGGAGACGUUGUAAUGCGAUGACGGCAGUUGGGGAGAAAACAAAUAAGACAUCGCCGGCAGGCAGUGCAGUGCAGUACCGCGUCUCUGCAGGUGUUGCCGGUGACGCCUGGAACGGUGAUGAAAUGGAUGAGGAGGGGGGAACGCCUCCGCACCCGCGGCGUUGUAUUCUCUCACCACCCACACAGGAAGCAGCGCCACUGCCUCCGCUGGGUAUGACAGACUUCCACCACCGUCUUCCCAGGAAAUAA